UUCGCCUAACUCGCGUGUUAGUUACCGGCGGCAGCGAGUGACAACGAGUCUUACGCUAAGCUAAGUCAGGCUAGACAAACUAGGCAAAGACUCAAGUUGGUUCUGGGGCGGCGAGCGUGAAAUUGACAUUUUUGAUUCGCACGCUAGAGAAGCUCAAAUGUUGAUUUCUGGCGGCGUGUCGGCGGCUGUGCUGCUCGCGGCGGUGCUGGCGUCCAGCGAGGCGCUCAAGGAAGGAGAAUGCGAAGUGUGUGUGACGUUUUUGGGCAAGUUCUACAAAACGCUUCAGGAGGACAAAGUGGAAAUGAAAAGCGACAAUGUGGAGAAGGCGCUCCUCAAGAGCUGCAGCGCCGCCAAAGGCAAAGAAAAUCGAUUUUGCUACUACAUUGGUGCGACCAGCGAUGCCGCCACGAAGAUGAUCAACGAGGUGUCCAAGCCGCUCAGCUAUCACGUCCCAGUUGACAAAAUCUGCGAGAAGCUGAAGAAGAAAGACAGCCAAAUCUGUGAACUGCGAUACGACAAACAAGUGGACCUGAGCUCGGUGGACCUGAAGAAACUGAAGGUCAAGGAUCUGAAGAAGAUUUUGGAAGAGUGGGGCGAGUCGUGCAAAGGCUGCGCCGAAAAGUCCGACUUCAUCCGGAAGAUCACAGAGCUGAUGCCCAAGUACGCACCCGCCGCCGCCAGCUCACGGACUGACCUCUGAUCAGCGAGGUGCGGCUGACCCGCUGGCAGGCGCCUGCGUCACGGGGCGCUAUGCCAUGCUGUGCCGUGCAUGUGUGCCGUUUCUUCUUUCCAUGAGACUCACUCAGGAUGCCGACAGGCGGACAUUUGGUUCCACCCGCUCUCCGGCCGCAGGGCUGCCAUCACUUCCUGUUUCUGACUUGAUGUUUGUGUUUGUAUUAAAGCCGUGUUUCCCAAACA